UUCUCGCUACGGUGCGUUUUCGUGAUCGUGCUCGGGAUCUGUUUUGUUUAUUGGACUUUUGACCCGCAAAAGUACCAUCCCCGACGGCCAAAGUGUUCCCAAUCGCGAGCUGAUUGACGAAUCCUGCCAUAGAAGAUAAAUUCUACCCGGAAACUGUGUGCCAAAUAGUGAAAAAGUGCGAUUGAAAAUCCACUCAAAAACCCCCCCGUCGAAAGAAAACUUUUCUCGCGGAAGACCCAUCUGAAUGGUCCAAUCAUCAUCCAUCAGCAGCGUUUUUUUUUUCUUCUGUGCAUUGGUUUCGUCGUUUUCUUGAAUCAGGCUGGGGGAGUGAGGGAAUCGGGAAAUAUUCGUCUAGCGCUUCCUUCUGGAGUCGAAACUAGCAGCAGCCAGUUUGGAUUUGUGAAUGAAGGAAGAGGUGAGCUUAAGGAGGAACACAGAAGAAACGGGGCGAAAAAAACUCGCGAAAUGUAUUUUGAUUGAAUUAAAACUUCGAUUCCUCCCAGUGAUAGAGGUGUCAAAAUUGGUGUGUGAAUGAAUCGAUCAAUAUCCAAGGAAUGAUUUUGUAAGCAGGAAACUGCCAUCUGGUGCCCACAGAUUGUUGGAAAACGAUUUUGACUACCCGAGAAGCCCUCUGGCUAGAUAGUUUUUUUUCUGGGAGCAGCCAUUUCUUUUGGUAACGGAGCGCGUUUCUCAGUGCUUUUCGGUCGUGUGGCGGAUUAUUGGUGUGAGUGACAACCCAAGCAAGCAAGAUAGGGGGAUAUCGUAGAAUACAAGCCAGUGAGUGCAGGAAGAGUGUUCCCUGUCCCUCUCUCACGCACACAUGCUAGGGGGAAAUACAAGAAAAAUUGGUGGCUAUUCUGCUCAGAUCCGAACACCUUGGGGAAAAAAUAUCAAGGAAGAUGAGAUCUCGUGAGCUAACAGCUAAAUUAAAGUUCUUCGCCAGAGAGGGGGCAUCCGGAUUUGUUAACUGAAGUGAAAAAAUACCUCUAGCGACAGAGCUCGCGUGAGAACCGGAAUUGUUGGGUUCUGUUUGAUAGCUAUCGGUGAAAAUAUACAGAAGAAGUCUGAAACCUGAACCCUGGGAAAUCAAUCUAACAGGGAAAGAAAAGUUAUCAACAACCAGUGUCUCGUGCACGGCAAACAUGAAGAAAUAGAUAAAACGGUGACGAAGACGACGGAUUGGCCGUGUGUCACCGCGCGACGAAAUAUAUUGACGGAAGUGCUCUUGCAUACAAUAACUACACUAAUGAGUGGAAGGAGGGAAGGGGAGAAGAUGGGAAGCGCAGGCGCAAUCUCGUUGUCAUCACCGAUGAUGGAUUAAUCAAUCGAUGGAUGCUACCGCAUGAUUUGUGAGACGAUGACGACGAUGACGCUCGCCGUGGAAUAAACAUCGUCAAAACGAAUCAACAUGAUACUCAUAUCUGGGAAUACGUUGCCUUGAAAUAAACAAACAGAUCCAACAUACAAAAAAUAAUAACUAGACGGAACAAAAACAGUGACCUGCGUUAGGUGCAAGAUUCGCACGCAAUGGCAACUCCUAAUUACAAAGAGCUUAAGCUGCAAUCUCCGGCAGGAGCGGAACCUUUUUUAUACCAAUGGCCGUUUUCGAUCGGAGGUGGGCACGAUACCAACGGUAUCGAGCUCAUCGAAAAUGUCCGGUGGGUCUGUGAGGACAUGCCGGAGAUCAAAUCAGCCAUAGAAGAAAUCAACCUGAACGAAAUUGACACCGGGGAUUAUGACGCCAUGAAGAACCUCUGUGAUCGGUUCAACAAAGCGAUCGAUAGUGUGGCGGCAUUGGAAAAGGGAACAUCGUUAUCCAGUCAACGCUUCACUUAUCCUUCCCGUGGCUUGUUGCGGCAUAUAAUUCAACAGGUUUACAAUCAAGCCGUGGUGGAACCUGAAAAGCUAAACCAAUAUGAACCAUUCUCACCGGAAGUUUACGGUGAAACGUCCUUUGAUUUAAUUUGUCAAAUGAUAGAUCAAAUCAAAAUAACCGCAGAUGAUGUAUUCGUGGACCUUGGUUCCGGUGUAGGACAAGUAGUGCUUCAGAUGGCAGCUUCGACGCCGGUAAAGGUAUGCUACGGCAUUGAGAAAGCCGAUGUUCCUUCACGUUAUGCUGAGGGUAUGAAUGCCACUUUCAAAUCGUGGAUGCGAUGGUUCGGCAAAAAGUAUGGAGAUUAUGAACUUAUGAAAGGCGAUUUUUUGGCGGACGAGCACAGAGAAAAAAUUACCUCUGCUACGAUAGUGUUCGUCAAUAACUUUGCCUUUGGGCCAAAUGUAGAUCAUCAAUUGAAGGAACGUUUUGCCGAUCUUAAAGAUGGAGCUAAAAUAGUGUCUUCAAAAAGUUUUUGCCCCCUUAAUUUUCGAAUAACUGAUCGUAAUCUCAGUGAUAUUGGGACGAUUAUGCACGUUAGUGAGAUGUCGCCAUUGCGGGGAUCGGUUUCGUGGACAGGAAAGCCCGUCUCGUACUAUUUGCAUAUAAUAGAUCGAACAAAACUAGAACGGUAUUUUCAACGUUUGAAAAUGAAAGGCGGGGAAAACGAAGCACAGAGUAGUAGUACAAAUACCAGAGCUUCACGAUCGAAGAAAGAUAAUAAUUCUCAGAAGCAAAUGGUUACAAACGAUGAAACUAGUUCAGAUAGUGAACCGGAACGAAAUCCCCCUGCUACUAGAAAGCCUUGGUCCGAAUGGAGGAGUGAAAAGGAGAAAAGUAGCCAAUCGGAGGAAGAAAAUAAUAAUUCACCUGUUCUCAGAAAUGGCAGGAUUCCUGCUGCGGCUAAAAAACGGAGGAAAAUAACUCGGACAAAAACAGUUAAGAAAGAUCCUGCCGUAAUAGCUGCUCAACAGGCGGCUAAAGAAGCGGCUGCAGCGGCAGCCGCGGCUGCUGGUCCGAAAAGACGGGGCCGUGUAAAAAAGGGUAGACAAAGAAAACUCAACAUCAAUGGCCUGGACCUUUUACACAGUGAAACACUUCUUAGUACUUCAGAACAAGCAAUCGGCAAAAGGUUACCACCGGCUCCUGGUUGUGUAGAUCAAUUACUCACUUCAAUUGCUGGUGAUAUGCAGCACAGUGAGUUAGACAUUCCUGAAGCGCCAUCUGAAACGCCCUACGCGCUACAGAUUUUGUUAGACUUGUUCAAAACCCAGUUCAUGAAAACAAUUGAAGCCAUGCGUAAGCCUUCUUAUAAAGACAAUGUUCAACAACAAAUUGAACGGGAAAAGGAACGAAACCAACGGCUGCUCAACCGUGCUGGACAAUUAGAAAAACAGAUCAAGGUUCUCAUUGACGAUAGCGUAGCAUUGCUGAAAGCUAGAAUGAACGAACUUGGUAUAAGCACGACAAGUCAAAAUGAUUUGCUCUGCAAAGCUAAGGAAAUCGUUGGUCGUCAUAAAGAGCUACAAGUUAUGGCGGCGAAAUUACAAAAUCAAGUUACCUCCAUUGAACAGGAACAAAAACGAUUAGUAAUGCAAAAUGUACAGAAAAUUUCCGACAAAGUAAUCAAGUCUGAAGAAGUUGAAAUCACACCCAAAACUUCAAACGAGAUGGUGCUGAAAGAGAUAGCGAAUACGUUGUCACAACGGAAGAAGCUAUAUGCACAAGUGUCUAACUUGGAAAGCGAACUGAGCAUGAUAGAGAAGUUGGCAGAAGAGCGAAAAUCAACUGCUGCUGUGCAAUCGACGAUCGUUACCCAGCCUAAAGAUUUGCACAUUCAACAUCAACAUCACCAACCUCGAGACGUUUCACAUUUGCGAGACCCGCAACAAUCUCGUGGAGAUGAAAUUCGAAGGGAAGUUGUACCAACGCAGCCGGCCGUAACGAUUCAUGUAUCGCAGACUCCAGCUUCAAAACACGGUACUGGUUCUUCAAGAUCACAACGGAAAUCGAGAGAAAAUCGUACACGGUCUCAGGAAUGGCCGGAAAUACCUGAUAUAGGCAAGAUCGAAGAAAAUAAUCCAGAGAUAUUGGCUCAGAAAAUACUCGAGACCGGUCGUCAAAUUGAGGCUGGAAAACUACUGGCUAAUAAUACCAGCAAAUACCAGAAAGAUCGUGAAAGUAAAACACACGUUCAGCAAGCCCAACAACACCACCCAGCCCAUCAGCACCACCCCGCGGAUGCGGCGUUGAUGCCGGCGCCUGCAAGCUUAGGAAAAGCCCAUCAUCGUAACAACAGUAGCGCAAAUAACGCUAAUAAUUCAAAUUUAUCUGUAAAAACUUAUGUACCUGGAUCAUCCUCUGCUAACGACAUGGGUAGGGUUAGCGGAAGUACCUCAAAAUCGGAGCAACGCGCAAAACUACAAGAUUCGCACAAAGUAGUUAACUUCGAAGAUCGUUUGAAAAGUAUAAUCACAUCAGUACUUCAAGGACCGCCAAAGACAAUAGGCGCCGGAGCUGUACAGCAGCAGCAAACGACUGUAGCUACACAUCAAAUGCCACCUUCUCAUAACAUGCCAGAUGGGAGACAUCUUGUCCAUGGAGAGCAUAUAUCACCAACAAAAUCGUCAACUGGGUAUAGUAAAACUGUAUAUCUCUCAUCUGCACCAACUUCUCAUCAGGGCCCGAUGCAUGAUAUGGUACCUAGAAAUAGUGUCGGAAACCAACACCAUCUACCUCAUACUGCUGGUGGAGUACCUAACUCGCAAGCUGGGCAAUAUUCAUCACAAAUAAUCAAUGUAGUGACAACGGCUCAUCAUCUCAAUGCCACAACAACAAUCACAUCAUCUCCUAUCUCACCAUAUAAAACACAUGGUGGUAGCCAAAAUACGAAAAUCUCACCAAGCUCCAAAUACUACCAAAAAAAUUUAUCGAUUGGUCACCAUUCACCUGGUUCAGGCAGUACGCACCAACAAAUCUUACACCAACAACAACAGGAACGCGAACGAGAACUGCGCGAAAGAGAGCGUGAACGUGAAAUCAGACAAAGCCAAAUGGCGAUGCACUACUCGAAUCAGAAUCCACAAACCCAACAAUCUGCUGUCGAUCCACAGAACUCCCAUCACCAGUACCUACAUCGGGGACCAAUGGAUCCUAAAAUGGAAUUCAAGGCUCCAGAACAAUUCCGUUAUGAUGCAAGAAAUUCAAUAGAUCCUGCAAUGUUACAGAACCAUUCAAGAAGUUCUUCCAAUGCCUCUCUGGAAGCAGAAUAUCCUCCAGCAGGGGUCAAUGUGCGGUACAUGAACGUUCCUCCGAACCAACAACAACAACAACAACCACAGCAUCAGCCACUGGUUCAGCAGCAAAUCCAAACGCAACCACAACCAUUAGGCGGGGGUAACAAUUCACGUCCUGGCUCAUCCUCUUCGCAACCUGAUUACACACAAGUUUCUCCCGCUAAAAUGGCCCUCCGGCGACAUUUGUCACAGGAAAAACUCACCCACCCGAUGCCACCUUCAAAUAGUACCGUGAAAACUAUUGGCGAUCUAGUGAAUGGAGAGAUUGAGCGAACGUUGGAAAUUUCAAACCAGUCGAUCAUAAAUGCAGCGGUCAACAUGAGUGCUGGUCCACCAGGUCACACAGUCAUAAAUACCAACGUGCAGCGGCCGGAACGCGUAAGCGUGCGGUUGCUAGAAGAGGCUGCUCUUGCUGCAAGUGCACAAGCAGCAGCUGCAGCAGCGUAUAAUCAGCCUACGCCGAAUAGUAAAUCACCAGUUCAUUUGCACGGGCAGAGUAGCUUGGCAACCCUGGCGCAGGUUGCCACGUACAACCAUAAAAAAUCGACAUCAGCGUCGGCUGCGGCAUCUACAGUGAUUUCGCCUCGCGUACCACAUCCUCCAAUAGAAUCUAGAGGAGGUCAUGCACCCCCUACACAACAAUAUCAACCUGGUACUGCACACCAAAGUGCAGCUGUUUAUCAAAGAAGCCGCAAUGAUAAAACGCCCUAUGCUUCUACUUCAGAACGCCCCCCUAUGAAUGAAUCUACACAAUACAUGGCUUUACCACGAGCAGAUAUGAAGCCAUAUUUAGAAUCAUAUUUUAUUGAUGAGCACAAACGGCAACAACAGAUUGGAAGCCGACAAGAACAUACAAUGGCACCACAGCAUGCCACAGGGCAUCACGGUCCACGUUCACAAUCUUCAACCAGCUCCUCCGGUCCACACUCAAUGGCAGCAGAGAUGCAUCAUCGAAAUCACCCCAUGGAAGCACAUUCCCGACGUGAACCAAUGGCAAAUCAGCAACAGCACCUCAUAGAUGAUCGGAUGGAGCGAAUGAACGGCAGCCCUCCUUUAGAAGGUUUAGCAGCUUCCUUAAGAGCGAGAGUUAUUGCAACACUCAACAGCAAGGAGGAAAUUGACGAGAGACAUCGAAGGUCUGAAAUAUCAUCUGUUAUGCACGGUGUUCAUGGUCAAGGUGGGAACUCCAAUGCCAUGCAUUUAGCACAAACACCGCAUGUAAAAUCGGAUAAAUAUUCAUCCAGUUUAAAGCGAACCUCUCCGAUUAUAGAAAAUCCCCCAAGGCCAGCAAAAAUGCUUUAUACGGAUUGUUCAGACACUAUGCUGAAUCCUCCAGACAUGCUACAUGCUGGCAGUCGAUCUAGUGGCCCUGGGCCGCAGCCACGUGGAAUGGGGCCGCUUAUGAGUCCUGAAAUAAAUUCACUUUCCGCAGAUGACAGACAACACCAUCUUCUGCGUCACGGCAGAAACGACGUUGAUGACGAUGUAGGUGAUGAUGAAUCCAGUUGGCACGAUCGUGUUAGUUCCGGAUUUGAUCGGUUGGUGGCAUUUGCCUCGACAGAACUGGAUAAAACUAGACGUUCAAAUGAAGACGCGCCACCGUCAUCCACCAGUUGCACUACCUCUCCGGAUUCUGGCAUCAACCAAAGCGAUCAUAGUCGAACCUUCUUGUCUUCAUCGUCUUCCUCUUCGCAGUUAGAUGUGCCCCCUAGUAGUGCUAGCGCCGGAAGCGGAAGCAGCGCCUCAAGCGGAAUGAUGAAGCAUAUAGUACCAAUCAUCAAGUCCUCACCGGCGGAACCUGUAGAAAGUCCACCACUUUCAGAUGUCGGUCUUCCACGCACUCCAAGUCCAUCAUCUAGCCCUCCGCUAAUGUACCAUCAAGCAGUGGGGAUCAAUUCAGUGGUAACUCACAACAUGCUGCAACACAACGCUGGUGCCAAUUUGAAAAUACCGUUAAAAUACCAACGCCAGCCUAAGGUGUCUUCGGAAAAACAUUACAAGAAAAAGUUUCGCGAGCGAAACUGGGAGGAAUAUGAGGAAACCCUAAGCGGACGACUUAGUUCAACGGGUAGUGCCGAGCCCAUGGAUCAAGACUACGGUGAAGGAUUCGGUUCUCAUUCGGCAAGUGGCGGUUCCAUGAGCAAUGCACAAAUGAUAGCCACAGGAAACUCACUAGAAAAUGUGCAAAAUGUCACCAAUGAUAACCUUCAUCCCCACCAAAAGCACAAAUCGGCCAAGUUUCGACCGAAAGGCAAAGAUUGGAACUGGGAUGAUGAACAUUCCAACACGUCGUCAUCCAGUUCGCACAGACCGCGCUCCGGAAACACGCCGACUUGAACUGCUUUCAAUCGGCAUACUGGUAAUUAUUCGUCUCCGAUUUUUAAUUAUUACCAACUGUUAAUUUGUUCUUCAUUUCAAGUUUAGUUCAUUGUUUCUGUUAUCACAGUUUUCCUAUUCAACCUGACUAGUUCGAAAAAUUGCUCAAGAUGGCCCAUAAAAAUGUGACAUAAAGUUUAGAAGGAACAAAAUCAAAUUAUGCUGUUUGAUGAAUUAUUUUUGAAGACUGAAUCAUUAAAAAAUUCUAAUCCAAUAUAAACUUUGUCGACCAUAUUAGUUCGUCACCACGAUUUAUCAGUUUUCGCAUAUGUAUGUAUGAUUUUAUACCUUCUUAAAUAGUCACCUUUACGUGUAGAACAUAAACCAAACUCACCGCAUUUUCCUGAAAGUGUUCAAAAUAAUGAAAAGCCAUCGUUCCUUUUGUCGAUAUUUCGAAAACUACCAUAUUUCUAUCUUAAUGAUGAAAAUUAAAAAAAAAAACUGCCAUUACUUUUGAAAAUGUUUAGAUUAGCAUUUUUUCAUCCAACGAGUUACCGGUAAAUUAUAUAGUUUUUUUUUUGUUAAACAGUCAAUAUCAAUCUUUUUCUUAAAAGCAUUUUCAGACUUCGUUUUUUGGCAAAAGUUUCCACUUUCUUUUUUAUUAAUAACAAUAUUGAAAACAGUUUAGAAAAAUAGAAGUUCUCGUUUUAACAUGAAAAUAUGAAUUUACCAAAAAUCAUAAACAACCCUUGAAUCGCUCCUUUUGAAAAAAAUUGUUUAUUCAAGAUUUACCUGAACCUCACUAUGUUCUAUCCAAACCCCAUUUCUCAGUUGGUUGGUGUGAUCCUUAAGUUAACUUUUCACGAACAUUUGAAUGCUCGAAAUGUCCAUCGCGUAAACAAAAUGUGUGAACUUCGUACAAAAAUAUACCCUUAUAAAACGACAAUGAUGAUGUCUUGUGCCAGUUUUAAAGUAGAAACAAAAAUCGCUGACACAAGAACGUUUGCAAAAUACAGCGUCAUAACAGUUUUCAAUAUCAUUUCUAUAUUCUUGGUUUGAGGCUGAUAAAAUAUGAAAUAUGCAAAAUAAUUGCUUUUGUAAAUACAUUUUCCGAAUAAACUUGGUUUUAUCACUCAGGAAUGGUGUUUUAUGAUUUUUCAAAAUUUAUUUUUUACCGUAUAAAUUCGCUACAAUGAACGUAGUGUCAGUUGGUAAAGUUGUUCAAAAUAUAUGGAACAAAAAAAAUAUCGCAACAUAAUUUUAAAAAAUCCAUAGAUUGAAAACCCUGCAAAUGAAGUAACCGCGUAAGAUGAUGAUAGCUUAAAGGAAUAAAAUUGCAUGGCGGUGAACGCCAUAGUUCUAGCAAUACGUCGUGUGUUUCACAACGCAAAUAUGUACAGUUCAGGCCAAAACAGAAAUGUAAUAACUCUCAAACGUACUUCUAGCGUACUAGUAUGUACGCAUUAAUAAACAAAUAUGAAGUAAUUGUAAAAUAACACGUAUCUUAUUAUAUUACCAUUUAAAAAACAACAAAAAACGAGCUCGCAUACAGGAGACGUUUUUCAGUAGAGUUUUAACCUGAAGUAUAUUCGUAUUAUACGGAUUACAUUGAACGAAUAACAACACAUACAAAACUUCUCUGUUAUCGAUUAAAUAAAUAAUGUAAGGUUUUGUAGUUAAUGUGUAAUUUAUUGUAUAAUUUUUGUGAGAAUGAAAAUAAAAUAAAACUAGUUGAACUAAUUUAUGUAAACAAAUUUGCGAUUUCAUUUUCGUUAGAUUAGUGCUGCUAAGUUAAUUUAUCUUGUUUCAAAGCUUCUAGAAGCAGCUUAUAAUUGAAAUCUAUAGUUUAUCUAAUUACAAACCAUCGCAAAAUGUAUUUCUUAGACAUAUAUAAAACGGAAAAUGGAAAACACGACGCACCACACUUGCGAUUAAAUAUAAUGAAAUAAAUUAAAUUUAGUUGAAUACAUUAGAAAAUACCAACUAAGUAGCUCCAUUUUAUGAUCGACGACAUUUACUGUACUAUGACUACACAAAAUAAAAACCAUUCAGUAAUAUCGCCAG